GUUGUGUGUGAGCGAGGUGUUGGAAUUACCGCCUUUCAUUUUCCGAGAAUUACGUUUUACAUUCUUUACACGAUUACUCUCGAAUUUUCCUUCCUCGCUCGCGCAUGAGAGAGUGCGGCCCAAAGUAGCGUCCCGUGCGUCGCUGAAUUUCGGAUUUCGACGUUCGGAAUUUAUUAUGGACGAGGAUUUCAAAGGCAGGCCUUCGUGCGCCUACCAGAAAGCUGUAGCGGGCAAACGGUGUGUAUCGGAGGACGCAGCCGCCGCCAUGUCUCUGUGGACAAAAGCGCAAACGCUGACGGGCGACGCGCUGCAGCAGGUGCGCGCCGUCUACGGUGAACACUUCCCCAUCGAGGUGCGCCACUUUCUUGCCGGCUGGAUUGAGGAGAAGAUGUGGCAGGACAUCGACCCUGACAACCCUGCGCACGAGCCCUAUGUUAACGAGCUUGUGCGCUCCAUGAUCCAGGAGUUGGACAACAAGGCCAACAACAUGAACACCGAGGAACUCUUCCUCACAAGGCUCAAGCUCACCGAAGCCGCCAACAUGUUCAGAAACCGAUAUUCCCAAAAUCCAGGAAGCUUGAUACGAAUAAUUCGGCAUUGCCUUAACACCGAAAUAAAACUGGUCCAACAAGUUGAAAAUGCAUGGGGUGAUGGAAGUUCGACCGCGGCUAAUCAGUCGUCACUACCUCAGGCCAGCGCUGCGCGCGUCAUGGAGCAGCAGCAACCGCUGUUGCACCCAGUUGGCAACCCGCAGGACGUUGUCCAAGCAGAAAUUAACCAACAGCUUGAGUAUCUGCGACUACGAACACAAAAGACUGGCGAAGAAUGCAGGCGGAUCGAACAGGAGCAAGAGGCGUUUGCCCUGCAGUACCACGAAUGCACAAAGCUCAACGCUCACCUUCAGCAUUUAGGCACACUACCACGCACACCAGAGAACUUAGAGAUGGAAGAGAAGCUAAAACAACAGAAGAACGUCCUGUCCAACUUGUUGAACCAAAAAGUAGCCAACGUGAUACAGUUUCGCAUUCAGCUGGCUGACCAGCUGAAAGAGACGGUCGGCAUUUUGCACACCUUGCAGGCGCGAGUACUCGACGACGAGCUAAUCCGGUGGAAACGGGAGCAGCAGUUGGCAGGCAACGGCUCGUGCUUCAACAGCAACCUUGACAGCAUUCAGGAGUGGUGCGAGGCGUUGGCCGAAAUCAUCUGGAUGAACCGGCAGCAGAUCAAAGAGGCUGACCGGCUUAAACAGAAGCUUGCUUUCGAACCACCGGGGGUGAUCGACAUCCUGCCAAGCCUGAACAGUCAAAUCACACAACUGCUCUCUUCCCUUGUCACAAGCACUUUUAUCAUUGAAAAGCAACCACCGCAGGUCAUGAAAACCAACACACGCUUCACUUCAACAGUCAGACUGUUGGUAGGUGGCAAACUGAACGUACACAUGACUCCACCACAGGUCAAAGUUUCCAUUAUCUCCGAAAGUCAAGCAAAUUCACUUCUCAAAAAUGACAAAACAGCCAAAGGUGAUGCAAGUGGAGAAAUUCUAAACAACACUGGUACCAUGGAGUAUCACCAAGCUACCCGUCAGCUCUCUGUCAGUUUUCGGAACAUGCAACUGAAAAAGAUCAAGAGAGCUGAAAAGAAAGGAACUGAGUCAGUCAUGGACGAAAAAUUCUCCCUGCUCUUCCAGUCACAGUUUUCUGUGGGUGGAGGAGAGCUGGUGUUCCAGGUGUGGACUCUGUCCUUGCCUGUGGUGGUUAUUGUCCACGGGAAUCAGGAACCGCAUGCUUGGGCCACAGUCACAUGGGACAAUGCAUUUGCAGAAGGUGGUCGAGCGCCAUUUGUCAUACCGGACAAAGUGGCUUGGCACCUAGUUGCUGAGGCUCUCAACAUGAAGUUCAAAGCUGCUACUGGCAGAUCCCUUACGGAGGAAAACCUCAGAUUUCUCGGUGAAAAGGCAUUCAGAUCAGGGAACUCGCAACUUCAAGAUUACAGUUCCCUGCUCCUCAGUUGGUCUCAGUUCUGUAAGGAACCAUUGCCAGAGCGUAACUUCACCUUUUGGGAGUGGUUUUACGCAGUGAUGAAACUUACCCGAGAGCAUCUCAGAGGUCCUUGGGUCGAUGGAGCGAUUCUGGGUUUUGUUCGAAAAAAGCAAGCAGAGGAAAUGUUGGCGACUUGCAGCAUUGGCACUUUUUUGCUGCGCUUCUCAGACUCAGAACUUGGUGGGGUUACAAUCGCCUGGGUUGCAGAGCACGGGGAGGUUUUCAUGCUUCAGCCAUUUACAAGCAAAGACUUUGCGAUUCGGAGCUUGGCUGACCGCAUCUCUGACCUGAGCCACCUGGUUUUCUUGUAUCCUGACAUACCAAAGGAUCAACCCUUUGGAAAAUAUUACAAUCCGUUCAGAGAUAGUCAGCCAGCUGGAAGGAAUGGAUAUGUGAUGCCAGUUCUAGUUACACAUGUGCCAGGAUGGGGUGGAGGUCCAAGUGGCGUAGGAAGCUAUCCUCCGACGCCCCAAAACAUUUACCAACCUCAGUCACCAGAUGGUGCAGGAAGAGACACAGCCUCUGUAGUUAGUGGAGUCUCAGAAAAUGCAGGAAGCGGUAUGUCGACUGUAAUGGAUCUAUGAAAACACACAGAGCGCGGGCAUGAAGACGUGCGCAACUAAAGUUGUUUUGAGAUGCAUUUUUGAAUCAAUAAGUCUUUAUUGAGAGGGGGCCAUUCAAAAAUUGUACUGCUCCAAAGUUGCGAGAAAAAUAUUUAAACACAUUUUCCGAAACCUCAUGAGUUUUCAACCAAAUGAAAUGCUGCAUUUAGGAUUUUGCAUGUUUUCAGCAUUAAUGCAUACAAAAUUGAAACGCACAUCAAUUAAUUGAUCUCACUCUUGAACUUGAUCAUCAAAAUAUUCAUUGUAAUGUUGGUUUGCUUCUGAAAAAAAAAAUCAACCAGUUUUGUAUUUUGUCAAUAUGCGAGCAUUCCUCGGGUUGUCAAAAGUUAAUGUUAUACAUUUUAAAAGGAAAAAAUCAGAUGUUUAAAUGAGGUAUUCAAAAUGUUAGGCUUAAUUGAUGAGUUUCUAUACUGUAUAAGAUACAUUAAAUGAAUGUAGCGAUUUGGAAAGAUUAGUCAACUCCUGGACCGUCAGAUUAGAACACUUUUCAUAGACCCCAAUGUUAAAGCAUGACUUACAUUUUUUCUAAUAUGGACCAUAAUAACCCCAUGCUAUUAAAAUUUACAAAGAACAUGUACACAAGCUUAGAUUUCAUUCUUACAUUUAUUUUGUCCAUUGUAAUGAAAUAAUUUUUAUUCAUGAAAAAAAUAUCCCAACACCCCAGACCUCAACACAAUCUCUUAAACCCAUAUCAACAUUCAGACUGAACACUGAAUAGCCUUUUUUUAAAACAUUUUUCUACAAUAACCUGAAGUUCAAAUCAGCUCAACUUUUAUUUCCGCAUUUCCUGGUCCAGGGGAUGGCCUUGUAUUUAAAUCAUUUUCGCAAAAAUUAAGCGCAUUUAUGAAAACUCGACGAGACUUUCGAAGUUUCGAGUGUAACGUUGCAGCUUGUGAAACUAUACGUGACAGGGUUAUGAGAGCUUAAACAGAAAUCCCGGGCUUUAAAUAACUCGGUUUAAUUUGUAUGUACUUUUCAAAAACUUCUAAUGAUACUGUUUGAUGUGCUUAAAAUAAUUAUUGUGUAUGCGUGUGCAGGCCUGACAAGCGCUGUCCAAACUCGCGGAGCUUAUUACAUUGAAAACAUCACAAGACCUUUUUUUGGCUGUAAAAAUGAGCUUUUGCUGCUUCGAGCACUCAAAUGUGUGGAAACAACAACCUUGCCAAAUCAGUGCAGGAUCGAAUCAACUUUCAGAAUUUAUUGAAAGCACGAUUUAUCAAAAUUGUUGAAGUACCACUUUUAACCUCUUGGAGCAAAGUCUAGUAAAACUGAAACGCUUGCCAGGCUUUUGUUUUUAUCGUGAGAAUGUGAAAAGCGAAUUGAUUGUUUUCCGUCCUGUCGACAAAUUUACGCAGUGAGGAAGAACAACACAAAGGAGCAUUGUAAGUUAAGUUGUGAUAUAUUAUAAAGAAAACGAUUAGGUUAAAGUUGCUUAAUCAGCCUAAUUAUGACGGCGCUAAUUUGUUAAUUUUAUUUGCUGUCGGAUGCGGUAACUUUUAAUACCAAAGUUCUUGAUGAAUUUUUAUGAUAUGUGAUUCAAAACACACAUGAGGAACUGCCCCUUGGAGAUUUAUAUUUCAUCUCUUGGACAUGAAUAAAUAAAUAAAAAAUAUUUUAAUGUUUUUCAAACGAAAUUUAAAAAAAAGUAUGAGUAAAACCCAUUCGUUUUGCUAGCAAACAAAGUCUUUAAAUGUGUGGGUACAAAGUAAUUAUCGUAAGUAAUAAGAUUAUGAACAAUAGUUUAUGAUAGUUCUAUAGCAUUAAUCUUUAUAUUUUUGCAUUUAUUUAAUUUAUAAAAUUACGUAUUUUCAGAGCAUUUAGAAUAUUAUCUUUGUUAGGGGCAGUUUCGUAAUUCUUUUUGCAAGUGUGGUGCAUUGGACAUAACUUUUUUAAGUUGUUGAGGUUGAUUAAACCAAAUUAUAUUAUGCAGAUAGCAAGGGAAAAAAUGCAUAUCUUGAUCUGAAUAUUUCGAACUGUGUUAUUUUAAUUUCGCCUGAUUUGUCCUUUAACCUCAAUUCACAUUUUCACGUUGUGACAAUUUCUAAAUUCAUUUUGCACUAAUUAUCAAAGAAAUGACUGUAUUGGGAAAUAAUUUUUAACAUUGCGGGUCCAGCUCUGAAUUUAAUUGCUCUGGAUACGCAUGUUGCUGAGAUAUCUAUACAUACAGUAAACAUUUUGCUCACUUUUCAGAACGCAUCCUGAUGGAAUUUAAUCAUUAUUAAUGAUAUUUAUUUAAAAAAAAAAGGUGUAACACUAUCAGGAGAGAGAAAGAAAUAGAUUAGGUUUUGAACAAUUCGACUGUUUACUGACCUUUAGAAAAGGAAUAGCAAAGUUAGUUACUUCAGCUUCCACACACUUCCAUAAAUUUUCUAAAAGUUCUUUGGAGUUUGUUAUAAUUAAUUACAAUUCUAAUCCUCACAAAUUACUUAAAACUUUAAGAUCAAUUUUCUGUGAAAGUAUAUUACAGAUCGGUGUUAUUUUUAUUUAUCUCAUUAUUUGAAUUUUUACAAUUAUUAAUGACAAUUAUCAAUAACUUGACCAAUCAGUAUGUUAAAUAUUUAUGUAUUUUGGAAGUGGCCUACAAGGUGCUAAAAUGGAUUCGUGUUCCCUAACACAAGCUAAAACGCACGUCUUUUGCAAUUAUGCAACUACAGCAUUGUUUCAACUUCUUCAUUUCACCGCCUAAAGUCAAUAAAAAGUAGGCUCUUUUGAAACAAAAGUGUUAAAAAUUUCAUUAGAAUAUUUCAGUCUUUCUAAUUGGCCAUGCAUAACGAUUGUAAACUUGUGAAGACUUGUUAAAAGAAAUUUUCUCUGGACUGUAAUUUAUUAUAUUGUUGCUAAUCUUUGCUGCAAAUGAUCUUGUUUGUACAUUCCUGUUGCGUGCUUCUCUGUUGCAUGUAUAUGUUUUAUGGAUCAUUCUUGCUGAGAUAUCGAAAGUUAAAUUAUGUAUUAUGAAAUGUGUUUUUCAAAAAUAACACGCAUUCAAGACAAAAGAAAGCAAACCAUCAUCAUCGUUCAGUAAAACAACAGCAUACAUGUUUACCACUUCAAUGUUGUUCGACUUUAUCUGCAUCUAUUUAUGUAGUUGACAAAAUUAUAUUUAUGGUUAAUUAUUUUCAAAUAAAGGCAGAUAUAUUCACUGUACA